AUGAUAACAAUAGAUAAGAUGAAUGGUUUAUUGCAUGUAUCAGUUCUAUCUCAAAGUAAGAAGACUAAGAAUAAGCUACUUGGUAAGGUGCUUGAUAGCACACUUUGUUCUAUAUGUCACGAUUACAUGUAUGUUCCUAUGAUGGUUGCUUGUGGGCAUAAUUAUUGUUACAGUUGUUUAAGUAGUUGGUUUACGAGCAAUGAAACCCAAGAACUAAGUUGUCCUCAAUGCAGAGCCAAUGUUACUACAGCUCCAGCAUUAAAUACUACAUUACAACAAUUAUUAGAAACGUUAGCUGAAGUUAGUCUAGACGAUACCAAGAAGGAGAAAGAAGGUGAAGAUGUCAAUAAAGAUGGUAGUGAAAACAAUGACGACGAUGAGAAAUCGAAAAUUGACAUGAAUACAUUUUAUUCUUCAAUGGAAGAGAGCAAGAAUGAAUAUAAUAUGGAUAAGAGGAAUGAAAAUCUAUUUGGUAAAGUUUUCAUCAAUUCUGCGAUGGCGGUAAUCGAUGAAGAUGAUGAUGGAAUUGCUCGUUGUAGUAAUUGUCAUUGGGAACUUGAUCCAGAUUUUGAUGAAACAGAUGGGAACGUUUGUCCUCAUUGUAGCACUCGUAUAAGAAAUCGAGUACCUGAAUCAGGGUAUAGCAGAACUACCUCUGAUGCAAUUGGCGGUGGUCAAAGACGCGGAGGCUUUGACAGUGAUGAGUAUAGUGAAGGAGAAUUAGAAGAGUUGGAACAGGAUCUCCAAAGAUAUCAUGAAGCCAGCGAACAAAGUAUUCGAGAGUUAGAUACUGAUAAUGAGGGAGAGGAAGGGAGCGGAGGGAUGAGUGCUGAAUUUGAUAGAAGAUUCCCUAUUCCUCGACAAGGACGUAACUUCCUACAUGAUGACGAAGCCGAGGAAUCCUCCAACAACGGUGAUGACGAUGAUGACGAUGACGAUGGUGAUGAAGCUAUCCGCCAACGUAGAAGACACAUUGACAUGAACCAAGAGGUAGAAUCCGACCUUGACUCCUUUAUAGCUGAUGAUGAUGAUGAAGAACAAGAACUCGAUGUUGAAGAACUAGAUGGUCUAUCAGAUAACGAUUCGAAACGAAACCGAAUGGUCCUACAAGAAUCCGAAUCCGAAAGAGACAGUGACUACUACGAACAUAACGAUGAUGGGUAUGUUAGUGGAGACAGUCUAGUUGACGACCAACCAGACCAAGAGCCGCAACAACAAAAUAAAAGACAAAGAAGAUACAAAGUUAUCCUACAAGGAAGUGAUGAAGAUGAAGAUUGA